AUGCCAAUAGCCUCUGCAGCAUCGCUGGACAACAUGGUCUUUUAUCAAGGCCCACCUUUGCAGUCGGCCGCACGUAAGACGUCUGAACGUAUCCCCGCCUCGAAAAGCGGACCUGGCGAAGUCGUGUUCAGCUUAUCGAGCCAUUGCCAGCCGCCGAUUGACCCUUUCGGCGGAGAAAUCGACACUGGCUCUCUGAAGCUUCGUGUAGCGUCUAUGAUCGCACCGUUGCACGGCCAGAAGCUCAGUUCGUCCCAACCACUACCUGGGGCUAGUCGCAGUUCGUUCCUCGACGAGACAGUGCAGAUCCCCGAUGCCGUGUUCUCGACGCCCAAAAUUGUGUCAACCGUGGAACCAGUCGAUUCCUCUCGUUCACCAGGUAGCGUAGCCAAGCUGCUGGGGCCUACGGACAAGCUCUACGGCGCUCUUAUUUCAUCCGCCGGGCCCAUUAUCCAUUCUCGCCCCGAAGACACGGAGUCUACCUCUGUUGGAGAGACUGGUGAUAAUUGUGGGCCGUGGUCCGAUGGCGGAGUGCCUGCUCGCGACCUAUCGAAUCGACGGCCUUCUGCGCGCUCCACAAGCUGGCCGAGCCUAACGGCGUGCGAUGAUACCGAUGAGCAUUCUGUCGGAUUUCCAAUCUCGACCCGGGUCCCGUCGGCCGAUUUCGAUGGCAGCAACAGUGACCCCCUCUAG